GCAAUCCAAGAACUCUUAAGCUUCAAACAUCAAGACUUUAGACAAAAAUGGCAAUGAUGAGAAGUCUCUUUGUUGCAAAGAAGAUAUUUGGAGGCUCCUUAGCAGGAACGAGGAAAACAACUUCAGCACCAAAAGGGUUUCUUGCAGUGUACGUAGGGGAGAGCCAGAAGAAGCAGAGAUACUUAGUGCCAGUCUCAUACUUGAGCCAACCAUUGUUUCAAGAUCUUCUCAGUAAAUCCGAGGAAGAGUUCGGAUAUGAUCAUCCAAUGGGUGGUUUGACGAUCCCUUGUCCUGAAGAUACUUUCCUCACAGUAACUUCUCGGAUCCAGGGAUGAUCAUCAAAGAUCAAACUUUAACACACUUUUUUUUUAAUGUAGAUAGAUGACAAUAUUUGAUAGAUGACAAUAUUUGAUAGAUGACACAAUUUUGAUCCAAAAAAAAAGAUAGAUGACAAUAUUUUUUCAAUUUCUUGCUGAAACUUUUGGUCAAGAGGAUAGAAGUUCCAAUGUAAAUACCAGUUUUUUUGUUUUUUUUGGUGAAAAUGAA